UUCGGUGACAAAGACGCCCGAAUGACAGCCGCCAUCACUUCCAGCAUUUGGCUGUCGUAUGAAAAGUACGGCAAAACGGCUCUCAAUGAGGACAGACUCGUGUCUGUGAUGUUUGAAUGUCAGGACGGCAAUGUUGUGGCGGCGAAUGUGGCCAACGUUUUGCUUUGUCUUUUGGCCAAAAAGUCGGUACCGUUUGGUAUGCUUCAGAUGAAGAUCAAGUCACUUACCAAUCACUUGGAGGGACCUCUCAAUCAAGUGUCCGCCUCUUAAUUAUAUCAACACUUAAUUAUUGUAUAAUUUAAUUGUAUAUUUGAAUACAAUAUAUAUUUUUACUGUAUUUUUG